AUGGGAGAAAUAGAUUUUUCUACAACAGAUCCUGAUUGGGCUCUACCUGAAAGUAGUGAUUCAGAUGACAAAUCUAGUGAUAAUGGAGAUAAUAUUGAAACCGAGAUCCAAAGAGAAGAAGAAAGACAAGUCGAAAAUGAGAUCGAAGAUCCAGCAGAUGAUGACAUUCCCAUAAAGAAACCAUGCAGAUGGCAAAAGGCAGAUCCUUCAACCUGGGCCCGAAAUAAAACCAAAGACAGAAGGAACCUGGGUGACAGUUACAAAGUUAAAGGGAAAUUGUUUCCAGAAAAAAGACCUGUACAAAUUGAUUGUUCCCAAUGCAUGUAUAAAUGUACAGUAAACUUCACUGAAGAUGACAGGUUAGCAAUCUGUUCAUCUUAUUGA